ACGUGACGUAUAAACUAAUAGGUUCACAAACGAAAACGUCACGAUUGGCGGGUGAUUUUGAAAACUAGCGGCCGUGGCGGAGAACGGGGCAAUAGCGGAUAGUGCUGUGAGGGAAGCGGGACCGGCUUAAGUUAUCCUCACUGGAGCCGUGUUGGAGUUGGGCUUGCCUACAGUGAUGAGGCGCAGUUCCAGCACCAGCCGCACCAGUUGCCGGCAAUCCAUCCAGCCUCUCAGGGUGCAGGAUACCAACAAGAUAGGACUUCAUACCCCACAACCGCAAGACAGGACAACCUUUGGAAAGCUGAGUGUGGGAAAACAUGCACCAGGGACAUCGGAGAGAAAAACCAGCUUCUUUGGCAAAAGGACAAGUGGACCUGGAAGUUUACGAAACAGCCAAUAUGGUGCAUUUGGAAGUAUGGAGAAAAUUAAGGACCCUAGGCCUCUUCAUGACAAAGCAUUCAUCCAGCAAUGUAUUCGGCAACUCUGUGAUUUCCUCAUAACAUAUGGAUAUGGUCCUACUGUUUCUGUGAAGUCACUCCAGGCUCCUUCUGUUAAGGACUUUGUGAAAAUCUUCACUUUUAUUUAUGGAUUCUUCUGCCCUUCUUAUGAGCUUCCUGAUUCCAAGUAUGAAGAAGAAAUCCCAAGAAUUUUUAAAGAGUUUGGCUAUCCAUUUGCAUUGUCAAAAAGUUCUAUGUACACAGUGGGAGCACCACACACAUGGCCUCAGAUUGUUGCAGCUUUGGUCUGGCUGAUAGAUUGUGUCAAGUUGUAUUCUGCAAUGAAAGAAAACCCACCAUCAUUUGAUGAAGGACAGACCUUAGAAGGAGAAACUGAAGAUGGAAUUAUACAUAGGAAGCUCUUUUUAGACUACACCAUAAAAUGUUAUGACCACUUUAUGAGGGGUGGAGACGCAUUUGAAGAUUUUGAUGCUGAAGUACAGUCAAAACUAAAGGAUCUAUUUAAAAUAGAUGAAAAUCACAUAGAGGCACUACAGGCCGAAGAAAAAAGUCUGAAUGAAAAGAUCGCAAGGCAUGAGAAGGAGAGAGAAAGUGAACCAGAUCGUCUAGUGACUCUACGAAAACUGAAAUCGUCUUUGCAGACAGAUGUUCUGAAAUAUGAGACUUAUAUGACCAACCUGGAGUCACACUCAAGCAGUAUUAGCCAAAAAUCAAAGGAUAUUUCUGAUGAGAUUGAGGCUGCUGCCUUGGAAAUUGAAGCACUGAAACAGAAGAAUACUCAUCUGAGGCACAUCUGUGAUAAUCAGAAGCACUCAGUUGCAGAUAUUGAGAGACUAAAUCGUGAAAGAGAAGAGUUGCAACAGGCAGUCAAUAAACUAACCAAGGAACUGGAGGCAGAACAACAUCAGUUGUGGAAUGAAGAAUUAAAAUACGCUAGAGGGAAAGAGGCGAUUGAAGUCCAACUGGCAGAUUACCAUAAACUGGCUCGAAAGCUGAAAUUAAUUCCUCCAAGUACAGAAAAUUCUGGUGGCGUUGAUUUUGAGAUUAAGUUUAAUCCUGAUGCAGGACAAAAUAGUCUAGCCAUAUACAAAACUCAGAUUCAAGCUCCUCUUGCGUGCCUUUUAAAAAAGACUCGUGAAGAAAUAUCAUUGGCAAUGAAGAGAAAAAAUAGCUUAGAGGAUGCUUUUGAACAGGAAAGGAUGAUGGAAGCAGAGCAGAACAACAGUGUGAAAAUGCUAAGAGAAGAAGCCCAAAAACUGGAAGAUAUCUGUCAGCAGAAGAUGAAGGAAGCUGAAGAAGAAGAAGAAAAAAGUAUGAAAGAGCUGGAAAUGAUGGAGAAACAUAAAUGCUUACUGGAGAGUGGCGUUAAUGAAGGUGUCAGUGAAGCUGUGAAAGAACUACAUGAAAUUCGAUGCAGAUAUCAAGUGGUUAUGCAAAUAACUUCAGGAGAGAGCAGGAAAAUAGAUGAAAAUUUACAGCACCUUCUGGAAAUUGUAUCUACUCACCUUGCAUCUGUGGAGAAAUACCUGAUGGAACAGAAUGCAAAGAUUGAUAGAGAAUUUCAUACAUUUAUGUCUGAGGAUCUAUUGGCUAACUUAAGAGAAAUACUGAACAGUUACAAAAAGAAGACAAAUACCUUGUAUGCUUCCAACAUAUGAGAAUGAAAAUGUUGGCAUCUGUGUAGAGUUUCAAGGCAAUAUUAUAUGCUUAACUUUGCUUUAUUUACAUUUUCAUAAACAGUCCUUUUAGGCUUAAUAAGUACACGUACACUUCAUAUGUGAAUAAAAUUGACUAUCACUUUAUUGUUCAGCACUGCAACGUCCUGUUGAAUGUCUCACCAAUUUAAUUGCUUUAUGAACAUCUUGAGAUGUUAGGUAACUAAUGUUGGGUGAAUAAGGCUUGGCCUAGUAAGCUGUCUAGGUCUUGUUACAGUUUCUCUUAAUUAAAUAGUUUGUAAUAUGUACACAUUAGAUCUUGGGAAUAAACUCACUUUCUAAACUC